CGGCGUGCGGGGCGGCGCAGAGCCUUCUCGGAGCCGAGCGCAGCGGUGCUGUGUGGGUGCGGGGGUGCGGGCGGGUGCCGAGCCGGAGUCGAGCCCGGGAUCGGGCCGGGGAGCCGGGACGGGCGGAGAGCAGCCAUGGCGCCGCUCAGGGCCAGGGCCCGAUCCGCUGCGAGCAGCCUGGGCGCCGAGUAGGCAGGCCGGAUCGCGGGCGGAGGCAGCUGCACUCGCGCCCCCCGCCCUCGCAGGCCCAGCGCCCCGCGCCCCGGCCGCCGGCGAUGGUGACACAUGUGGCGGCGGCGCGCCGGCGGCAGGACCAUGGUUGAGCGCGCCAGCAAGUUCGUGCUGGUGGUGGCGGGCUCGGCGUGCUUCAUGCUCAUCCUGUACCAGUACGCGGGCCCGGGGCUGAGCCUGGGCGCGCCCGGCGGCCGCGCGCCGCCGGACGACCUGGACCUCUUCCCGACGCCCGACCCGCACUACGAGAAGAAGUACUACUUCCCGGUGCGCGAGCUGGAGCGCUCGCUGCGCUUCGACAUGAAAGGCGACGACGUGAUCGUCUUCCUGCACAUCCAGAAGACGGGCGGCACCACCUUUGGCCGCCACCUCGUGCAGAACGUGCGCCUCGAAGUGCCCUGCGACUGCCGGCCAGGCCAGAAGAAGUGCACCUGCUACCGGCCAAACCGCCGCGAGACCUGGCUCUUCUCCCGGUUCUCUACCGGCUGGAGCUGCGGGCUGCACGCCGACUGGACGGAGCUCACCAACUGCGUGCCCGGCGUGCUGGACCGCCGCGACCCCGCCGCGCUGCGCACGCCCAGGAAGUUCUACUACAUCACCCUGCUGCGAGACCCGGUGUCCCGCUACCUGAGUGAGUGGCGGCACGUGCAGCGGGGCGCCACGUGGAAGACGUCUCUGCACAUGUGUGACGGGCGCACGCCCACACCCGAGGAGCUGCCGCCCUGCUACGAGGGCACGGACUGGUCGGGCUGCACGCUGCAGGAGUUCAUGGACUGCCCCUACAACCUGGCCAACAACCGCCAGGUGCGCAUGCUGGCCGACCUGAGCCUGGUGGGCUGCUACAACCUGUCCUUCAUCCCCGAGGGCAAGCGGGCCCAGCUGCUGCUGGAGAGUGCCAAGAAGAACCUGCGGGGCAUGGCCUUCUUCGGCCUGACGGAGUUCCAGCGCAAGACGCAGUACCUGUUCGAGCGGACGUUCAACCUCAAGUUCAUCCGGCCCUUCAUGCAGUACAAUAGCACGAGGGCAGGAGGCGUGGAGGUGGACGAGGAUACGAUCCGGCGUAUCGAGGAGCUCAACGACCUGGACAUGCAGCUCUAUGACUACGCCCGGGACCUUUUCCAGCAGCGCUACCAGUACAAGCGGCAGCUGGAGCGCAGGGAGCAGCGCCUGCGCAGCCGCGAGGAGCGCCUGCUGCACCGCGCCAAAGAGGCACCGCCUCGCGAGGACGCCGAGGAGCCGGGCCGCGUGCCCACCGAGGACUACAUGAGCCACAUCAUCGAGAAGUGGUAGUGGCGGCCCGUGGGGAGGCUCCUGGGGCGCUCGGCACAGGGAGGUGGAAUCAGACGGAUGGCGUACGCGGGCCUGCCCAGAACCCUACGGGGAGAGAGUCCCAGAUCCGCUCGCCAGAGGCAGAUGCGUCCUGAACAAACACCUGGGAGUAGAACCUGGGAGUAGAACCCAGCCGAGUCGGUUCUCACCGUUUCUUCCCAGCCCGGGGUCUGCGAAACCAACCUGUGCCGCCGCCCAUUGGCUCAGAGGAAAGCCCGCUUGAAGGACACCCCAGUCAGGCCUGCACAGACCGGGGGCAAGGGGCGUCCCUGCUCUCCAGGUCCCCACCUCACUGUCACAACAGCCGAGUUUGAAGACAAGGAAAGGCAGUGGAGCCGAGAGUGGGGAGUGUGUCC